AUGGGUACACAUGCGAGAGGCAGCAGGAGCAGCAGAAGCUCAAGCACGCGCAGCAACAAGAACCGCCGCCGCCGCAGCAGCAGCAGCAGCAGGAACUGCAGCAGCAGCAGGAACUGCAGCGGCAGCAGAGGCGGUAACGGCAGCUGCAACACUGUCAGCAGCAGCAGCGGGACUAAGCAAAAAGUUAGAUCAAGGAGACACAACAGCAGCAACAGAAGCAGCAACAGCGGAAGCAGCCGCAGCAGCAACGACAACAGCAGCAGCAGCAGCAGCAACAGCAGCAGCACGGAAACGCAAGACUGCACGUCGGAUGGUGCCGUCAGGGGUGCUGCAGUCGAAAGUGCUGGUGCAGCAGCUGCAGCAACAGAGCCUGCUGCAGCAUUACAGCCAGCUGCUGCAGCAGAGUCUGUCGCAGCAGUAGGGCCAGCUGCUGCAGCAGGGCCAGAUGCUACAGCAGCAGAGCCAGUUGCUGCAGCAGGGCCAGAUGCUGCAGCAAUAGAGCCAGCUGCAGCAGCGCGGCCAGAUACUGCAGCAAUAGAGCCAGAUGCAGCAGCAGAGUGUGCUGCAGCAAUAGAGCCAACUGCAGCAGCAAGGCCUGAUGCUGCAGCAGUAGGACAAACUGCAGCAGCAGAGCCUGAUGCUGCAGCAGUAGAGUCUGAUGCUGCUGCAGGGCGUGAUGCUGCAGUGACAGGGCCUGAUGCUGCAGCAGCAGCGAGCGAUGCAGCAGCAGAUCCUGCUGCAGGUGCUGCUGCAGCAGCAGAGCCUGCUGCAGCGUCAACUGCAGCAUCAGAACCCACUGCAGCAUCAACUGCAGCAGCAGAGUCUACUGCAGCGUCAGCCGCAGCAGCAGAGCCUGCCGCAGCACCAACGGCGGCAGUAGAACCUGCUGCAGCAGAACUGUCUAAAGCAGCUGAGCCUCCAGCAGCAGCAGCUGCUGCUGCAGCAUAUCGAUCAGCAGCAGAAAAAGCAGCAGCAACAGAUGAUGCUGCAGAUUUUGUCGAGACAGAAAUGAACGUGGCAGAUGAGGCCGAUGCAGCCGCAGCAGCAGCAGUGCCUGCAGCAGCAACAACAGCAGCAGGUGUAGCUCCGUCUGCAGCAGCAAAAGUGUCAAGGAUUGAGCCUUGUGAGCAGCAGCGGGAUGCAGCACCUCGAUGUAAAUCAGCAGCAGCAGCAGCAGCAGCAGACGCUUCAACGAACAGCAGUAUAUGUGGCGAUAGCUGCAGCAGGGAGUCUUCAGCAGCAGCAGCAGCAGCAACGCCCACAGCGGCUGCACUGAGCGCUGCAGCAGACACUGACGGACAAAAUGGAGCCCCCAGCAGCUCUGUUCUUUCCUUUCUGUCUCGCAGCAGCAGCAACGCCAGCGUUAACGGGAACAGCAAGCAGCAGCAGCAGCAGCAGCAGCAGCCGCUGCUUUCUUCUGCCAGCCGCAUGCUGCUUAGUGUGGGACGGCGCCUCGGGAGCGGCAGCAUUGCUGCAGCGGAGAGUGCAGCAGCAGCAGCAGCUGCUGCUGCUGCUGCGGCUCUUGUGGGAGAGGCAGGCAGCAGCAGUAGCAGCAGCAGCAGCAGCAGCAAAAGCGGCGGAGCAGCAGCAGCAGACUGCUACACUGUGCAGCUGGAGCACGAACUAGCCGCUCUCAAGGAGCAGGUGAGCGUGUACAGACAGGCGCUGCUGCUGCUGCCGCCUUCCUCUCCACAGCCUGCUGAGGUGUAUGGGGACCUCCGAGCAGCAGCAGAAUGUGUCGUGAGGAACCUCAGAAGUCUAGGCUUCCUUGCAGCAACAGCAGCAACAGCAGCAGCAGCAACAGCAGCAGCAGCAGAUACAGCUGCACAGGACGCAGCAGCUGGCGAUUCAGCUGGUGCUGCUGAUGCAGUACAAGAUCGUCCCAAGAGGGACUCGAGUGGACCGUUUGAAGAGCAAGCAGCAGCAGCAGCAGCAGCAGCAGCAGAGGGGCAGCAGCAGCUGCAGCAGCUGCUAGUAGAUGCAGUGGAGCAAGCCCUUGCUGCGUCGCUCUCAUGUAACGCGACGCCGCCUUCGCCGCCUCAGCAGCAGCAGCAGCAACUGCAACAGCAACUGGAGCAGCUGCAGCAGCAGCUCGAAACCGAAAGGCAGAAGCAUGACACUGAGCGCGUGCUGCUGCUUCAGAAGCUGCAGCAGCAGCAGCUGGAGGCGGAGCAGCAGCGCGACAUUAACGAGCGACAGGCCAAACAACUCAUGCAGCUUACACUUAUGGUGACGCAGAUGAAGACGGAGGCGGACGAACACAAGCAGCAGCAGCAGCAGCAGCAGCAGCAGGGACAGGAGCAGCAGCAAAGAACCGAGGUGGACUCUGCUGCGGCAGGAGCUGCAGCUGCUGCUGCUGCGCCCCCACAAGUCACUGCUGAACAGUUCGAAGAACUUUGUGCAGCAGCAGCAGAGACUUUUCGACUGCGGUGUUCUGUCACUUCUCUUGAGGAAGAGCUGCAGUGCAUGCAGCAGCAGCAGCAGAGUGCUACUGCUGAGCUUGAACAGGUGCAGCAGCAGCUGCAGCGGGAACAAGAGAUGCGAGAAGUGCAGGAGCAGCAGCAGCAGCAGCAACAGGAAAAAGCCGAAGUCCAGCGGAUGGAUUUGGAGCAGGCGCUGCUGGCAGCAAGGGGGGAGCGCGACGAGCUGCUGCAGCAGCUGCAACAGCUGCAGCAGCAGCAGCAGCAGCAGCAGGACGUCGUACGACAGCUGCGGCAGCAGGUACAAGAAACAGAAGAGCAGCUGCAGCAGCUUAAGAACGAAAUGAAGCAGCAGCAGCAACUGCAGCAGCCAACGUCUGCAGCGGGGGCAGCCCAAGGCCUCCAGCGGACUCUCUCCGAAGAGCUAGCAGCAGCAGCAACAGCAGCAACAACAGCAACAGCAGCAACAGCAGCAACAGCACGAAUAACGAGAAACUCUGGCAGAUCAUCACCUGCUGCAGGGCUCAAUGCCCCUGAAGCUUUUGAACUUGAGCAGCAGCAGCUGCUGCAGCAGCAGCCGUAUAAACAGGAGCAUUCACAGCAGCAGCAGCAGCAGCUGCUGCAGCAGCAGGGCUCAUUCUCGCUUUUCGUUGAGGCUUCGCAGCGAGCGCUGCAGCAGCAGCAUCUGCAACGGCAGCAGCAGCAGCUGAAGGCGCUGCAAGCCCUCUGCGCACGGGAGAAGAAGCAGCGCGAAAAGGCCGAGGAGCAGUGUCGGCGGCUGCUUGCUGCUGCACUAGAGAACCAAGUGCUGCGCCUCCACAGGGAUGAAGCUGAUUCCCCUGCUGCUUCUUCAUCCUCCCCGCGCAGCAGCAGCAGCAGCAGAAGCAGCAGCAGCAGCAGCAGAAAUGCCUCAGCAUGGGCACGGGACACUGCGCCGACUUCUCGUCCACUCAAAGCCGCAAAUUCUUAUUCGUCGGAUCUCGACUACCUGCAGCAACGGCAGCAGCAGCAGCAGCAGCAGCAAGACAAUGCACUGCUGGCCGCAGAGCAGCAGCAGCAGCAAGGCUUGGAGCCACCAGAGGCAAAUGCCCCGCUGCUGCAGGAGCAGCUGCAGCGGCUGCAGCGGACAAACAGCAGCCUUUCUGAUGCUUUACGGGAAGCAGCAGCAACAGAGGAGGCACUUCGGACAGAGCUGCAGCAGAAGACGCGGAUUAUCAACGUUUUGCUGCAGCAGCCGCCCAAGCAGCAAAGGUGCGUUUCAGCGUCCGAGGCUCUGCGCUUAAAGACCUUGAGGUGUACAGACACUUACUACAAACUCAGCUUUGCAGGCUUGGAAAGAGCCACAGCAGUAGCAGCAGCAGCAGCAGCACCAACAGCAGCAGGUUCUGUUGCUGCUGCUUCCCCCGGCCGGCUUACGGGUUCGGACCCCUCGUUCUCCCGAGAACGUGUCUGCUUCUUACUUCUCGUUUGCGCGCAGCAUUCACUGCAGCAGCAGCAGCACGAAGACCCCCAGCAGCAGCAGCAGCAGCAGCAGCAGUUUUCGGUUGCGGAGGAGUUGCUGCCGGUGAUUCGCGAGGCUGCUGCUGGCCUGCGGGGCCGCUCUCUGGUGUCUGUACAGCUCAUUAGUGCUGCUGAAGUUGCUGUACUAAUUUUGACAGCUCACAAAAUUAAAAGUCUGCACAACCACCGAGACCCUGCCCUGGGCCGGGCCCUGCAGGGCAAAGUUGUGGCGACAGCUUUCUUCGAGCCCAGCACCCGCACGCGCUGUUCAUUUGAAGCUGCUGCUCUUCGUUUGGGGGCAGGUCUAAUUAGCAAUCCAGACUUGAAGGCUGCCAGCUCUGUCAAGAAAGGCGAAACCCUCUCAGACACGAUGAGGAUGUUUUCUUCUUACGCCGACGCGGUGGUCCUUAGACAUCCAGAAAAGGGCAGCUGUGCGUCGGUGGCUUCCCCGCAAUAUGGCUUUUGCUCUCCGGAACCCAGCAGCAGCAGCAGCAACAGCAGCAGCAGCAGCAGCAGCAACAGCAGCAGCAGCAGCAGCAGCAGCAGCGGGAACUGCGUGCUGCUGUCUGGCGGCGACGGGUCUGGAGAACACCCGACUCAGGCUCUGCUGGAUUUGUUCACCAUAGCUGAGCAGCAGCAGCAGUGGUUUGCUGCUGCAGCAGCAGCAGCAAUUCGGGGAGAGACACAAAAGACACAACAACUCUCCCUAGUCUUCUGUGGCGACCUCAGAUACGGAAGGACUGUGCACUCUCUGGCGCUGCUGCUAGCUCGCUUUGGAGUUCGCCUAACUUUCGUGCCUUAUAGUGGCUUCGAGCCUGACAGUUCGUUUUUGGAAGAAGUCAGAAGCGUCUUUAAGCAACAGGGUUUACCAGCAGACACUUUCUGCUGCACCGCCCACUCCCUCGAGUCUGUGCUGCCCCACGCUGACUUCUUAUACUUAACAAGAAUACAAACAGAAAGGAUUAAACCCUCGGGGGGCCCCCCAGAGGGGCUUGGGGGGCCCCCAACCCCAGUGGGGGCCCCCGGGGCCCCAGGGGCUCCAGGGGCCCCGGGGGCCCCCAGUGAGGCCCCACAAGAGGCUGGAAGGGGGGCCCCUGAGAUGCAGGUGACGUUGGAGUUUUUGAGGAGGUUUGCAAAGCCAACUUUGAAGGUGUUGCACCCGUUGCCUCGGAAUUGGGAGUUGGGCGAAAGUGUUGACAGCAGCAAAUUUUGUUUGUACUUUGCCCAGGCGGCCAACGGCCUGUUUGUGCGCAUGGCCCUCUUGCUUUUGACUCUUUGUCCUUAUCCCUUUCCAAAGUGCGCCAUUUGA